UUGACUCGUCCCACCUUAUUUCACUUCAUUGACACCCGUUCAGCCAAUGGUCGUUUCGCAUCACAUGCCUUCAUCUGGGUUAGCCUCGCCUCAAUUGUCCUCGAUUCGACUCGUCUCAACAAGAUCCGCCCCACUCUGUUUCUUCUAGGCUUUGUCUACCCUCAUCCAACUGCAGCUCGACUCGCCUCGCCCAAACUCUCCUCGCUUCUCCCACUUUUGUCUAACUGCUCCUACGAUCAUUCGUACGCUUGUCUUGCUCUGUUCUGUUCCGCUAGGCCCAUGUUGGCCUGA